AAAAGUAGUCCAUCUAGAGGGAGAAAAGGGGAAAAAACAAAAAGGAUUUUAUUUCUCCUGAGGGCAAUGAGAAGUGCAGUUUCUAAGUAUCUUCCAGCUCAGAGAUCUUCAAUUAAAUGGUCCCAAAUGGCAUCUACCUAUCAUACUUUGAGAGAGCCUGUUCUGUUGAUUAGGAGCAAAAAAAAUGUCCUCUUGGAUGUUUAUGGCCUGGGUUUUUCAUUUGGGCAACUCAAAUGCAGGUUCCUUCCAGGACCACAUCCAUGCUACUGGCUGGCUGAAAAAUGGCUUCACGGCUCUCACGAGGGGAAUACAAAGCAUGGAGUGGUGGCUGCGAGCCUGUCUGCAGGGCCAGACCUCAGAAAAGCAGAGGACUGUAAAUGUUUCAUAAACUUCUCUCUGGGUGCCUGCGCUGGCUGAGAGCCCAUUCAUAAGCCCAGGCGGCUGAGGGGCAGGUAUUGUGCCGGUUACUAUAGCAUCACCUUGGAAAGGCUCAAUUGGUGAGAGCCGCAGGCGAGCUGGGGUGGGGCAGGAGGGGGACGCGGCUGGCUGGAGGGACUGGCGCUAGGCCACGGAUGCUGCUGCUGGUCUCAGGACUUCUGGUGGUCCGGAGCUCACGCCAGCGUCCCCAGCUGCAGCCUAGGGAGGGAGGCUGCGCUCAGUCUGAGAGUGGCUGCUGCAGAGAGUGUAGCUUUUGCAAGGGACUGAAUUCCCAGCCAGACACCCCUUGGCUGCCUUUUUGGAGGGGUGGGGCAGAGAGAGGAGGGAGUUGUCUCAUCUUGGAAGAUCUGGGCUGGGUUUCAUCUCCUUUUUGAUUUUGAGUGGUUCCCUCCAUGAGAACUGACUUCCAGGUGUUCGCCAAGGGAAACAAGGUGCUCCCCACACUGGAAAUGAGAAAGGAUGACAGUUUUUGAGACUGACUGUUAACGGCUCAGAGGUGCCCCUCAUUCAAAAUGCCUUUUAAAGCAUUUGAUACCUUCAAAGAAAAAAUUCUGAAACCCGGGAAGGAAGGAGUGAAGAACGCCGUCGGAGAUUCUCUGGGAAUUUUACAAAGAAAAAUCGAUGGGACCACUGAGGAAGAAGAUAACAUCGAGCUGAAUGAAGAAGGAAGGCCAGUGCCGACGUCCAGGCCGAGCCCCCCACUCUGCGACUGCCACUGCUGCGGCCUCCCCAAGCGUUACAUCAUUGCUAUCAUGAGUGGGCUGGGAUUCUGCAUUUCCUUUGGGAUCCGGUGCAAUCUUGGAGUUGCCAUUGUGGAAAUGGUCAACAACAGCACUGUAUACGUUGAUGGAAAACCGGAAAUUCAGACAGCACAGUUUAACUGGGAUCCAGAAACAGUGGGCCUUAUCCAUGGAUCUUUUUUCUGGGGUUAUAUUAUGACACAAAUUCCAGGUGGUUUCAUUUCAAACAAGUUUGCUGCUAACAGGGUCUUUGGAGCUGCCAUUUUCUUAACAUCAACUCUGAAUAUGUUCAUUCCUUCUGCGGCCAGAGUGCAUUAUGGAUUCGUCAUGUGUGUCAGAAUUCUGCAAGGUCUAGUGGAGGGUGUGACCUACCCAGCCUGCCAUGGGAUGUGGAGUAAGUGGGCACCACCUUUGGAGAGAAGUCGAUUGGCCACAACCUCUUUUUGUGGUUCCUAUGCGGGGGCAGUGGUUGCCAUGCCCCUGGCUGGGGUGUUGGUGCAGUACAUUGGAUGGUCCUCUGUCUUCUAUAUUUAUGGUAUGUUUGGGAUUAUUUGGUACAUGUUUUGGCUGUUGCAGGCCUAUGAGUGCCCAGCAGCUCAUCCAACAAUAUCUAAUGAGGAAAAGACCUAUAUAGAGACAAGCAUAGGAGAGGGGGCCAACGUGGUUAGUCUAAGUAAAUUUAGUACCCCAUGGAAAAGAUUUUUCACAUCGUUGCCGGUUUAUGCAAUCAUUGUGGCAAAUUUUUGCAGAAGCUGGACCUUUUAUUUGCUCCUUAUAAGUCAGCCUGCUUAUUUUGAAGAGGUCUUUGGAUUUGCAAUAAGUAAGGUGGGCCUCUUAUCAGCAGUCCCACACAUGGUUAUGACAAUCGUUGUACCUAUUGGAGGACAAUUGGCUGACUAUUUAAGAAGCAGACAAAUUUUGACCACGACUGCUGUCAGAAAAAUCAUGAACUGUGGAGGUUUUGGCAUGGAGGCAACCUUACUCCUGGUGGUUGGCUUUUCCCAUACCAAAGGGGUGGCUAUCUCCUUUCUGGUGCUUGCUGUAGGAUUUAGUGGCUUUGCUAUUUCAGGUUUUAACGUCAACCACCUGGACAUUGCCCCCCGCUAUGCCAGCAUUCUCAUGGGGAUCUCAAAUGGAGUGGGAACCCUUUCUGGAAUGGUCUGUCCCCUCAUUGUCGGUGCAAUGACCAGGCACAAGGUAAAGGUCUCCUUUGUGGCUGUGGGUUACAGUAUCGGAGGACUAGAGCACUACACAAACUUUGGAUUUCAAAGCNNNUUUGCUUCUGGGGAGAAACAGGAGUGGGCUGACCCAGAGAAUCUCUCUGAGGAGAAAUGUGGAAUUAUUGACCAGGAUGAAUUAGCUGAGGAGACAGAACUCAACCAUGAGAGUUUUUCGAGUCCCAGAAAGAAGAUGUCUUAUGGAGCCACUGCCCAGAAUUGUGAAGUCCAGAAGAAGGAAUGGAAAGGACAGAGAGGAACGACCCUUGAUGAGGAAGAGCCAACAUUCUACCAGAAUGAAGAGAGAAACUUCUCAGCUACGUCCUAAUGUCUGAGGGGCACUGCGACAGGGAAAAGAGAAAUAUUAUCUUUCAAUGACACACAUAGGUAAAAAGCUGUGCUCAGUUGGUAAAAUAGUUCAUAAUACAUAUUUUUUGAAUUGACAGUUGACCCUUCUCUCAAAGAGCUGACCUUAUUCAGAAAGGAAUGACUAGAAGAAAAAGGAGACAAUACCAUGUUGUUCAAAGAAAUAUAGAAGGAAAUGGGGAUAUUUGGGCAGAAGGAAUGUAAACAAUAGCUACCACCACAUCUCUAGGGUAGCCAUGCAGAGGAGGGCCUCAUAUUCCCAAUGAACCCCACAUUGUGGCAGGUGCUGUAUAAACACUCUUAUUUAAUCUCUGCACCUUUAUGACACACAUUUCUUAUCCCAUUUUACCACCAAGGAAACUAAAGCAACAAGAUAUGAACUUGCCAAGGUCAUCUGCCAGGGUCAGUGCUGAGAUUGUUGAAGCCCCCAGUAGGUGGCAGUUCUAGGGAAGAAGAUUUCCACUCAGUGUAGGGAAGACAUUUGUAAUAAUGAAAACUGAAAAUGGAGUAAUUGUGAGUAAUUCACCAUUUUCAUAGGUGUCGGGUAAGGGAAACAUUUCAGUUGGUGAAGCAGAGGGGAUUCAAAUGUGUGAGAGGCUAGAUCCAAAGACCUAUAGUGUACUGUGUUAUCUGAAGAGUCAGAUGGUUCUGUGACGCCAUAGUUUUCAAAGUAAUGGGGGUCACAGACUACAUCGGAGAUUCAAAUAGGUUUUUUUUUUUUUUUUUUUUUUUUAAGCUAAGAAAGAGAGCCGCAGUUUUAGAAAUCUGAUGGUCAAAAUGGCUGGAAGCAGUAAACAAGAAAUUGGCUAUUAAGUUUCAAUCUUCCAUAAUGUUAAGAAUGUAGCUAAAUGAUGUCCCAAAUUACUUAUCAACAUUUAAGACAUUUAAUAAUUUAAGAAGUAGGUUAAUGAUUUUUCUUAGGUAAAAGUCUCCUGAAAGAAUUUUCUAUUUCAAAAAAAAUGUAGCCCUUUUUUUUGCUGGAGAUUGUAUUAGGAAGUUUCAUCAGAUUAUAUAAAAUUAUGAUUUUGUAUCAAACGUAAUCAUAAUGAAUCUAUUUGGAAUGAUAUUCAGGGAAAUCACAAUAAUGUAGUAAUAGUUAUACAGAGAAAUACUAGAGUGAAAACAUCUGGGACAAUUAGACCUACAGUCAGUGUUGAAAAAUUUACAUUUGAUCGCAUAAGGCGAUUACAUGGAUACUUUUAGAUAUACUUAAAUUUUUAAUGUUGGCAUCCAAAGGGUUAUUUGAAAUUAAAGUUAUUUUCCUGUUCAUUGGUUUUGAAAAUUUUAUUUCUACUUUCAGAAGAAAAAUAUAAUACAGAAAAGAUCAUAGAUUUACUUGUAGUUUAUUAAUGUAAAGUGUUUUUUUUUUUUCCUAAUUUCUCCCACAUGUAUUUCUGGUCCCCAGUUAUACUAGCUGAGUUAUAGUGUAUUUUAUAAAUGGAAUAAUCUUGGGGGAAAAUUGUGACUCUUCAUGAAAUAAUAUUCUUUAUGUCACUAGCAUACAGUUUAUGUUAGUAGACAUUUUUAAAUCUCUUUAAUGAGUGAAUCCAUGCAGUCCUCAUAGAACAGUUGCUAGCAUGCAGAAAAUGCUCAAGUAAAUAGUUGGCAUUAUCAUUAUCAUCUUCUAACAUUUUUGGACUUUUCAGUUGAAAAGAAAACAUGCUAUGUCAUUUUUAUCCAUUAUCCCCAGAACUUAUUGUGAAAGUUGUAAUGUUUUCUAAGUAAAAUAUGAAAUAAAAAAUUAGCAAUUUA